AUGAAUUGUUGUGCCUUUCUGCCUUUCAUCUAUGCCAUAUGUUGGCUGGCAUCAUCGACUCAAGGUCAGAGAAGUCAAACCAGCAUCUUAGAAUUCUUCUUCGAAUUUCUGCAAGAUGGCCAAAGGCAGGCUAAUUUGGAAAACCAAGACAAUCAGGUGUCACUGCUCGAGGAGUAUGACUUCAUUGUGGUGGGAGCUGGCACAGCUGGCUGUGCUUUGGCUGCCCGGCUAUCGGAAAAUCCCAAUUGGAACGUUUUGUUACUCGAAGCUGGAGGUCCUGAACUUUUGAUUAUGGAUAUACCCAUGGCUGCGCAUAUGCUGCAAUUAAGCCAAGACAUUAAUUGGAAUUAUCGCACCCAGCCUGCAAAAAGUUUUUGCCUGGGCUUGGACAAUAAUCGCUGCAAUUUUCCCCGAGGCAAGGUUAUGGGCGGAUCUUCGGUGCUUAAUUUUAUGAUGUAUACUCGCGGAAAUCAUAGAGACUAUGAUCAAUGGGCUGCCUUGGGCAAUGAAGGCUGGAAUUUCGAGCAGGUUUUGCCCUAUUUUAGAAAAUUGGAAGAUUCCCUAGUGCCAGAUGCCGAAAGUCAAUUUGUGGGUCGUCAAGGACCUGUCAAGAUAUCAUACAUCCAAAGGCAUUCGGCCAUAGCAGAGGCCUUUGUGAGGGCGGGUCAAGAAGAUGGUUUAGCCCAAUGUGAUUACAAUGGCAAACAGCAGAAAUGUGUGUCCUUUUUACAAACCACCACAGAUCAGGUGUUGCGUUGGAGCUCCAAUCGUGCCUAUCUUUAUCCCCUCAAAGGUCAACGACCCAAUCUUCAUAUAAAGAAAAAUGCCUUGGUCACCAAGAUUUUGUUGGAUCCCAGAACCAAAUCGGCCUAUGGCGUUUUAUAUGAGUCAAAAAAUCAAACUUUUAAUGUAAGAGCCCGUAAGGAAGUAAUCUCCUCGGCUGGUGCCAUAAACACUCCCCAAUUGUUGAUGCUUUCGGGAGUGGGACCUGCCAAGCACCUAAAGAAAUUGCACAUAACGCCUUUGGUGGAUUUGGCGGUGGGUCAUAAUCUGCAAGACCACAUAGCCCCGGUUCUUACCAUUUUGACCAAUGCCACCUCCAUCAAACUUGAGGCUUUAUUGGACGGCGCAGAAAUGCUUAAGUUAUCCUCAAAGGAUAGCUUGCUCUCCUUGGCUGGAGGUGUGGAGGCUUUAGCCUUUUACGAUUUCGAUAAUUCCACAAAUGGUGAUGGCUGGCCUGAAGUAGAGCUUUUUCUAGUCGCUGGAGGUUUAGAUACCAUUCCUGCCGUGGUAAAAGGAUUUGGCAUUAAGCAAGACAUUUUUCAAGCUCUAUAUAAAGACAUUGUCAGAAACAAUGCCUAUGUCUUUUUAAUAUUUCCCAUGAUUUUAAAGCCACGAAGCCGAGGACGCAUUAUUCUCAAGAAUAAGAAUGCCAAGGAGUAUCCCUUGAUUUUCCCCAACUACUUUAGUGAUCCCCAUGAUUUGGAUAUGAGUGUAAAGGGUUUGCAGAAAACCAUAGACUUUUUAAAGCUACCAGCAAUGCGUAAAAUCAAUGCUCGUCUAUUGGCGCAUCAAAUACCUCAGUGUCGGGAAUAUGGUGAAGUAACCUCGCGACCUUAUUUGGAGUGCUAUGCUCGCCAUCUGACUCUUACCAUCUGCCAUCAAGUGGGUACAGCCAAGAUGGGUCCCAUUUCGGAUAGAGAAGCUGUAGUGGAUGCUCGCCUACGAGUUUAUGGUGUGAAAAAUUUACGUGUGGUGGAUGCCAGUGUUAUGCCAAAUAUUGUGGCGGGCCAUCCCAAUGGGCCUGUAUUUAUGAUUGCCGAAAAGGCUGCGGAUAUGAUUAAACAAGAUUAUGGUUUUAUUUAG